GCCACCAUUGACCAUGGAUAUUGCCCGGCAGCUGGAGUAGAUCUCCAUUAAAUGUUACGGUAAUCAAUCGGGAAGUGAGGUCGAAAUUUUCCGGGCAAUUGGAUGCUGUAGUUUGCAAAGACGCAGUAUUUUCAGAUCACAAGAAAUUAAUAUUGGAAUUGCUUCUGAUACCGAUAUCAACAUGGCAGCACAAUCCGGGAACUCGGAAGGACUCACUCUCACGGUGUUAGGAUGCGGUACCAUGGGCAUCUCGAUCCUCUCGGGGAUCAUGUCGUCCCUUGAAGCGCCAUCCGCAUCCACUCCCGGGGAAGAGCUCCCAGCCCGGCUCCCUUCCAAGUUCAUCGCCUGCGUCCGCCGCCCCGUGUCCGCAAAGCGCAUCCAAACUGAGCUCGCAGCCUACUCCUCCAGCCUAACCACUCUGGUCAACGACAACAUCCCCGGCCUCCAGCAAGCCGAUGUCGUCCUCCUCGGAUGCAAACCCUACAUGCUCCGCGACGUCCUGACCGCCCCGGGCGUCAAAGACGCCCUCGCCGGCAAGCUCCUCAUGAGCAUCCUCGCCGGCGUCACCCAGGAGCAAAUCUCCGAAACCCUCUACGGCGCCACCCCGCCCCCCGACCCCUGCCAAAUCGUCCGCGUCAUGCCCAGCACCGCCAGCUUCGUCCGCGAAUCCAUGACCGUCAUCGCCACCUCCACCCCGCCCCUCCCCUCCGCGUCCCUCGCCCUCGUCGUCUGGAUCUUCAGCCGCAUCGGCAAGAUCGUGCAGCUCCCCGCCGGCAACAUGGACGCGGGCACCGCGCUGUGCGGCUCCGGCCCCGCGUUCAUGUUCCUAGUGCUGGAGUCGCUAGCGGACGGCGGCGUCGCGAUGGGGUUGCCGCGCGCGGAGGCGCAGAUCAUGGCCGCGCAGACGAUGCGUGGGGCUGCGGCGUUGGUGCAGAAUGGGGAGCAUCCGGCGGUGUUGCGGGAUAAGGUGUGCACGCCGGGGGGGUGCACGAUUGGGGGGUUGCUGGUGCUGGAGGAAGGGCGGGUGAGGGGGUCGAUGUCGAGGGCGGUGCGCGAGGCGACGGUGGUUGCGAGUCAAUUGGGGAAGGGCGUCCAGAACGUCAAUGGUACCCGGUUUUAAAGUACAUUGCCAGGAGGAAAAGUUUCCGUGCAUUCAUGGGCAUUCUCUACGGUGGCUGCAUUAAAAAGACUAGGCUGGAUGACUGAUUUGAGGCUACUGUAUCCCGUAUCAGUUGCAAGAACCCAAGGAUUUCCUUGCGGGAUUUUGUAUGUCUAAUAGGUCGCAAUCAAGUCAACCAUGAUUGCUAUCUUCCAUGUUUCUCCAGUCCACUCAUAUAAAUGAUGCAUCGGCCCAAA